UGUCCUUGAAAUUAAGUAGUUAAGUGUUGACUUGAUGUUUGCGUAAACCUUUGUUGUUGAUAUUUAUUUCGGUUAUUCCAUGCAGUAUCUUGUAUUUCAAGACGUGCACGGUGCACCUCGAUUUGGGCUUCUAAGUAUUGCUUGUUUAAUAGAAAGUUAGCACACAUUUGUCCAAGAACGAGACAGUUUAUCUGCAAGAACUUGUAUUAAAAUGUUCUAGCUAUGUCAAGACGGCAGAAGAAGUUAGAACCAAACUUGAGGAGCAAAAGGGCUGGUUUAUCUCCCAUAUGAGCAAUGAAACUGGUCAACAAGGACAGAAAAAAAGAGACAAGGAAUGACCUGAUGGAACUAACAGAUUCUGCUAGAGCAAAGCUUGAUCAAGCAAAGCAGAUGAGAUCCAACCUUAUGCAGGAAAAUUCUAAGAUCAAGCUAUCAAUUGAGCAUGUGAAGCACAAGAUUAAUGAGUUUAAGGCAGAGUUAAUGUUGGUGGAUAUCAAGGUUCUAGAAGAGGAAUACACAGCUCUCUUGUCAGAUGAGUCUGGAGAGGCAGAGUAUCUAGGUUCGCUGCAGAGUCAGGCUGAGAAACUGAAGGGAAUUUCUUACAUUGCUAAAUGUGGUUGUGGAGAGGAAUACAGUGUUGGUCUAGAUUAGGCCAAAGUUAUACAUGCACUAUCACCAUUUCAGGUAUCUGUCAAAUUAUUAUCUGAAUAUGUGAACAAAUCGAGAACCAAAAGUAGCUUAAUGUGCUAGUUCUUUAGAAUCUGUGGUUAAUUGUUUAGUUUGUAGAGAGAUAGAACUAUCAUGCUGUCUUGUUGCAGUAUAUAAUGUUUUACAGUUGAAGAAAAUUCAAGCUCGUUCUGUUUAAGAUCUUAAAACUAAUAAAGAAAGAGUAGAAUUAGUGGCAUUUGAUACAGAAUUCUACAGAAGAAGAAUUGGAAGUAAAUGAGUGUUUACAAUUAAAUAUCGAUUUGAUUGCACCACUGAACGCCAUAAAGCUCGUCUUGUGAUUUUGGGUAACCAUGACAAGGAGUGUUUUGACUAUAGUGAUGUGUUUUCUCCGGUGGCCAAGAUGGCGAUUGUUCGUGUUGUACUAUGUAGCUAAAAAGAAUUAUGAGGUUCAUCAGCUAGACGUCCACAAUGUGCUUUCUUAAAUGUCAUCUUCAUGAAAAAGUAUACAUGAAGCUAUAAUAAGGAAUUUUGUCACAUAAUGAAACGGGCGGGUGUUGUCUUUA